UAAAUUUUCCCCUUCGACGCGCGUAUGGACAGCAACAAGAUUGGCCGGUCCAAGGGCGUCAGCGCCGUCGCCAACGUCGCGGCCAUGGUCGACGAUGACGAUGUGCAGGUGGCGGCGCGGCGCAAGGGCUUGCACGUCGUCAACGUCGCGUGGGAAGACUGCGCGCGCUUCAUCGACAGUUGCUGGGGGCCGUGCAUCUCGGACAUGACGCUCGUCACCCGCCGCACGCGCAUGCCUGUGCUCCGGGCGCCCAACUUUCAAGAUCCCAUCAUGCGCAUCCCGACGCGCCAGAUCAUGCUGACGGUCGGGAACGAGUCGCCGUACACGGACGCACCGUUGACCAAGAUCUCGCUCCAAGAGUACCUCGAGACGAUCGCCAAGUACACGGAGCUUGAGCACAGCUUGUACGCACCAGAGCACGACGACCAAGCGGUCGUGAGCACGCAAGCGUGUUUCUUGCCGAUUGAGAAGGAGGCCGAGACCAAGACCGAGUUCCACGUUGGCUUGUUCAACUACCAGUCGCGGGAGGAUGACCCGGCCGUGCUCGUCUUGGUCUGCACGGACGCUGGCACAAGUGCGCAAGUCGUGAGCCGGCGCGACACGGCCCUCUUUUGCAACCAUCACGGCAAGAAGCACUCGUUUGCGGCAGAGCGCUUGUCCCAAGACCGCGCCAAGCGAGGGGUCGACGCCACCGAGGACGCCAUGACGGCAGACGAAGAAGCACGCAACUACGUCAUGAUUGUCCAGAUCCCACUGCAACAAAAGCCGAAACCCCAGCUAAAGGUUCGUCGCUCCCGCUGCGUGAGGCAAAGUGUGGUCGCGAGUCCAGCACCGUCAACGGUGGAUGUUGAAGCCGCGAUCAUCAGCAUCAGCGACGAGGCCAAAGGCCCGUACCCGAAACUCCGUCGCUUUCGCCACGCGCAGCGAGACACGAGAUACCCCAUCCGCGUCACCGUGCAGUUUUACCAAGCGACGAGCAAUGGCGUCGUGACACCCGACGUCGUCCGGGCGCUGGCCACCAAGAUGGCGUCGGUCAAGACCAAUGCGACGUGGUGGGGGUCCCUCGUCACGGUUAACACGCCGAGCUCCGGUGUCCCGAACUUUGUAGCCACCAAGCAAGGCGCGAAGCGCAAGCGCAAGGAUACUUAAGCCUACCUUACGUGAUUGUGCUUCUACAGGGUCA